AUGGCCCCCGCCGCCGACACACUGCAGUGGCCCGUCGACCCGUCGCAAGACCAGUCGGCUCCCACAACAUCCUCGGCUGGCACCGUUGGGCCUGGAGCAGCCCGCCCACCACGGAAACUGAACCGUUCUGCAAACCAGCUGCACCGUAACCAGGCGUGCCUCCCGUGUCGCCGCCGACGCAUCAAGUGCGAUGCUUCACGCCCACACUGCUCAAGCUGCGUGAGGUCGUUCCGCUUCCUUGCGCGGACGCAGCCCGAUGCCGAACGCGAUGCCAAGGGCAUCCAGUGCGUCUACGAGGACGGCACAGAGAAUGAGACUGAAGAGGAAGAACCCACGUCGAUGGCCGACGGCGAGGACCCGCGCGACGCCGUUCGCAAGCUUGAAGCUCGUAUUGGUCAAGCCGAAUUGCAGAACGCGCUGGCACACAUGUCCACCACUCCGCAGGCCUCGACGACCGCAGUCGCCGCCGACGUCCAACAGAACUGGAUGGGUGGUAGCGGCAGCACCAUGAAUUGGCAGAUGGAGACGACGGGCCUGGAACACGGCGCCGACCUGCACCCUUCUGGGUCAAACGUUCCCCACGAGACCACCCCGCCUGUUAUGCUCCACUCGGAGCAGAUGGCGGGCCACCCCGGCGGUACGCCUUUGAGCGACGCGUUCCUCAACGGUCCUCUGGGCCUCGACAGCUCCCACAUUGGCAUGCAGAGUAUGCCUGUGGGGUUGAGCAUGCACGCCGGGAUCCCCGGUACGACUGCUGCCCCGGAAGGCAUUCUCCCAAAUGCGUUCGUCGAGUCCAUCGAGGAGGACGUAGCCCAUGCCAGCGGACCGUUCUUGGAGAUAUUCUGGCCUGGAUGGCCACCCCGCCUGCCUACGCCGUCAAUGUUGGAUCAUCUCGUAACCACCUUUUUCAACGUUGUCCCAUCCAUUUCGCGCAUUAUCCAUCGUCAGGCGUUUAUGCAGCAUCUCGCCCUACCCCCGACCCACGCCAACUUCCCCCACCCGGCCCUCCUCCACGCCAUCUGCGCUGUGACUGCCCGCUACAGCGCAGCAGUGAAGAUGGAGUCUGUCGAAGAGUCACUGAGGCGCACCAACUCGGCUAUUGAGGGCCAAAAGCCCCGACCUGUUAACAUGUCUGCGGACGAGGAGGCCGCGAGCCAGACCUGCUUUGGCGAACGUCAUGCGCACUUUGCGCAGCUCGAGAUCCGUGUUGGCAACAGCACAGGCCGCAGACUGUUUGAAAUCUGCCAGGCUCAAACCAUUCUCACCGUCUACUACCAGCAGCACGCCAAGUGGAUGGAGGGUUGGAUGGUGACUGGAGCUGCGAGCCGCCUUGCUGUCCCGCUCGGCCUCAUGUCCGACACCAAGGGUAACGCGCGUACACGCAACGCCAUUCUCGAUGCCCCAGAGGAGGACUGGCACCGGGAGGAGCGUCGUCUCCUGAUGGCCUACAUCACGAUCAUGGACUUUUCUGCCGCUGCGACGUCUGGCUGGCCCAACGCCGUCGCCCUCGACGAGCUCAUGUGUCGUCUGCCUGCCGCCCGCGCAGACUUUGACCAAGGAGGCAAGAUUACUGAAAAUCCCCAAACGUGGUACUCACUUGACCUCUACACCUUCCACCCUGUGGUAGACAACUUUGUCCUCUUCGCAAAGGGCCUGCACCUUCUGGGCCAGAUCAUCAAGUUUAGACGCAAAUGCCAGGCGCUCGACGACCCCUUCUCGGCGCGCGCGACGAGCCUGUUCCGCAAACUCGAUGGCGACAUUACAGCCUACCACUACUCGUUCCCUCCCGAGCUGCGCGACCCGCUCCGCCCCAGCGACGGUCAGCGCAAGGGUGUCGAUGCCGACCUCGUCGCUGCCCACCUCAUCCCGCACGUUGCCGCCAUCAAGCUCCACGAGUCGUUUGCCGACAUGACCAACAUGAACGACCCGAGCAGUAUCCGCAUCCUCGCAGAGUCCAGGGCCAUUCUGUCCGUAGUGUACCUCCUCACCAGCACGACCCUGGACUUUUCCUACGUUCUCACUCCUGUUGCCUCUUUCUACUUCUUCGCAGCCGCGCGCACGUUUGUUCUCUUCUACCAGCGCGCACUCGAGGCCAAGGAUUUCGCCCUCGCCAAACUUUUGCUGUCGGAAAUCGACGUCUUUAGGAUGACGUUCAAGGCCAUGGCCCGUCGCUUCUGCCUUGGCGCGCGGCACGGCGGCAUGAUUGACCAGAUGCUCCAGUCAUGCUACGAUGAGCUCGGGAUUCCCGCCGAGGCGAUCCGGUCCGACGGCCUUACGCUCGGCCACAUGCCUCCCCCCGGCUCAGACUGGCGUCGCAUGCCGCACCCUUACAAUGCGCGCAACGCCAACUGGAACUUGGGAGGGUCGCGCCAGGUCAACGUCGACUACGAGACGCGCUUCCCGCGCGAAUUCGCCAACGACCCACACCACCCGCUGCACGUCCUGUUCCUAACGUCGCGCUCGACGCUCAAGGACAAGAUGGACGUGUCGCGCGGCUUCCACUCGCCCGCCGCCAGCCCACAGCACACGCCCGAGCCAGGCCCCGCCGGGAGCGUCAGCAACAGCACCGGCACCAGCACCACCGUGCCCACCCCGCCCAUCACGAUCAACGACGGCGGCGCCGCGUGGCUCCAAUAUCUCACGCCCAACGGGGACACGUCGUCGUUGAGCUCCGACGAGACCUUCCACAUGGGACCGAGCAUGCACCCGCACGUAGGGCUUCACGGGCAGACGCAGGGGCCCGGCUGA